AUGUCGUCAACCGAGGUCUACAGACCUGCAUUUACAGAUCCUCCUGGGACAAACCUCGCGGGCAUUCCCGUCUCCAACCUCAGGCUGUCGUCGCCUUGUGUCAGUUAUGGCCUUCCAUAUCAGGUGGCAUGUGCGAAACACGUCCGGGAGACUUUCAAAGCGUCGAGAGUGUACAUCAUAGCUUCUGGGACACUUUCGCGUGAGACCGAUAGGUUGGACAGGCUGAUUGAAGCAAUUGGCAAGGAUAAGGUCGUUGGCGUCAGGAAGGGGAUAACACCUCAUACACCGUUCUCGCAGGUUUUACAAAUCACGGCCGAAGCAAGAGACGCCAACGCUGACUGCCUUGUGACCUUGGGCGCUGGAAGCAUCACCGAUGGAGCCAAAGUGGUGACUUUUGCAUUGGCAAACAAUAUCAAGACAGCAAAUGAACUCGCCAGAUAUUCUUCCGAGAGCACCGAUAUACCCUCCACGAUACAUGAGCCCAAAGUGCCACUGAUCACAAUUCCGACAAGUUUGUCGGGCGGCGAGUAUUUUAGCCUAGGUGGAGGCACGGACGACGCUACGAAGCACAAAGUAGCAUUUCUGCAUUCUGGGAUGGGCGUGAACUUGGUCAUUCUCGACGCGGAACUGUGCAUAACUACUCCACCGUACCACUGGCUCAGCACUGGCGUCAGGAGUCUUGAUCACUGCGUUGAGGCGAUUUGCUCUCUCGAGAGCACCGAGACCUCCGAUCGAAAAGCGGAGGAGGGUCUAAGGUUACUGGUUCCGAGUCUGCUCAAAUGCAAACAAGACCCACAGGACCUCGAGGCGCGGCACAAUUGCCAGAUGGCAGUUAUUCUUGCCAUGGACAACAUCCGUGCCGGGAUACCCAUGGGCGGAAGCCACGCAAUCGGGCACCAACUGGGCCCUCUUGGCGUGGCACACGGUGUCACCAGCUGUAUCUUGUGUCCAGCCGUCAUGAAGUACAACAUCAAGCACGCAGAUGGGAACCCGGAGAUCAUCAGCCGGCAGGGCAAGGUCAGGAAUAUUCUCUGGUCCGAGCCAGCGGUGGCGGAACAGUUGGUAAGUCAGGGCCUUGGCCAGGACACAGCAGAUCUCGGCGACAUGUUGGACGUCGUCAUCCGCGCCUUGGAUCUCCCACGAACGUUGUCGGAGCUGGGGAUCGGGAGGGAGGUGUUUCCCAGUCUCGCGGAGUCAGCGUUGGCCGACUUCUGGUCGCCAACGAACCCAGUCCCGCUGCUCAAGGCCGAGCAGGUGCAGGAGAUUCUGGAGGCUGUGGUGUGA